AUGCAAUUCACCACCAUCGCCGCCUCCCUCCUUGCCAUCACCGGCCUCUCGGCCGCUGCACCUCUCGAGGCCCGCGCAGAGGACUGCCCUGUCGCGAAGACGGGCGACUCGGUCUGGAAGAUCUCCGAGUUGUCUUUCCGCAAGCCUGAUGGCAAGAACAUCAACCAGAUUCAAUUCAACAUCAAAGCCACCAACAACGGCACACUCGACUUCAACUGCGGUACCCAGGCCGACAAUGUGGAGGACAAGAAGUUCUACGAAUGCGGCGAGAACAGCUUCAUGUGGUUCACCUUCAACCAGGAGGAGAACAUAUUGUUGCUGCAGCACAGUGUCAGCGACGACAUCCAGUACGUGGGCGCUGUCACUCUUCCCAACUACUGCCGUGCCGGCGGUAACGGCAUGAACGACUUCAUCUGCACUGGAGUCGCCGAUGCCUACAUGACGCUUGCCCAGUACCCCGGUCUUGACAGGCCUGAUGACAACUAA